AUGCUGUCCACUUUUGUCGCCUCCUCGCUCAGCCUGUCGGCGCCGAUCGGCGUGAGCCGGGUCGCGCAGAGCCGCGUCGGCUGCACGCGCAUGUCGGACGACGAGCCGUGGAACUCCAACGCCCAGUCCUCCACCACGCUCGACAAGAGCACGCUCGAGGCUGCGUACGACGCGGCGAUGAAUGCGCCGGCGCCGGCCGCGGCGGGCGGCAAGCAGGACUUCCUGGAGGCGGAGCCGUACUGGGACCAGUCGACGAUCCCGGUCAACACGUACAAGAACAAGGCGCCCUUUGUCGGCAAGAUCGUCUCGACCAAGCGCAUCGCGACGGGAGAGACGUGCGACGUCGUCAUGUCGCACGGCGGCAAGAUGCCGUACUGGGAGGGCCAGUCGUACGGC